AGGACGCGUGCUUUCAGUCGAGGCGCGGACGCCGUUCCGUGUUCUUCCUCUUCUGUGUUUUUGUCCGAGCUUGUUUUCGUUUUUUCAGCACGAACGGUCCACGUCGGUGACCUUUCUCUUCGGAAAUCCGAUCCAGUGAGUCUACGACUGUCGAGGUGCAAGGAUAACAGCAAAUUAAAAAUGACAGAUCAACCAGCAGGCAAAGGACCGCCAAGUGCCAUUAUGCUGGUGUUUUCAGCCCUCACGCACAUCCUCCUACUGGCGCCAGUGAUAUACAUUUUGGUUUUGGCCUUUGGAAAGUACAGCUUCUUCUCGUGGCAUCCCAUUUGCAUGAGCGUCGGAGUGGGUCUUCUGAUAACCGAGGCGAUAUUCAGCGUUUCUGGUGAGGCGUAUGUCGGCUGGAAGGUGUCCAGAGCCAACAGAGUAACGAUUCACUGGAUCCUGCACGCCACCGGUCUAGCAUUAGUAUUAGUGGGACUCGUCAUCAUCGUGGUCAACAAGAACAACAACAACAAUCCGCAUUUUGCCACGCCUCACUCGAUCCUCGGAUUGGUCAGCAUUAUCUUGGCGUUUCUAACAGCUGCGUUCGGCAUCGUCACCAACAAUUCCAGGUGGCUGUAUCCGCGUUUCAGGCCGGUUCUUCUAAAAAUCAUGCACGCUUUCGGUGGUAUCAUAGUCACGGUGAUCUUGCUUGCGACGUUGAUCACGGGCACGUACACGAAAUGGUGGCCUGGUGGCUAUACUGGAAGAAGCUUGACGUUCACAGCGUUCUUCAUCGCGGGUUUCUUCAUCCUUCUGAAGCCGGUUCUAGGAGCUGUUUCGAGAAGCAGAGUGGUUUUCGGUCCGCCACCUGCUACCACCUAAUUACUCUGUAUAAUAUCGUAUAUUACUCUAGCAAACGUCUACGUACUGUAGCAAAGGGAAACAAUUUCAACGCUUUUAGCCAGGAUCAAUGUACCUUCAACAACUUGACUACGAAGGCACAGAAUUUUAAAUUUUCAAAACCAAUGAAAUAUGUCAAAGAUUUAUGAAAUACAUGGUAAACGUGAUGUUCGUACUCGUCGAUGAACGAGAAAGAUUCUCGUCCUUUUUGCAUAUGCGAUAAGUAUAGCGAAGCCUGAAGUAGAUUCAAAAGCAUAAUUGUGUUCAGAGUUUGUUUGUAGUCUGUUCAAUAAACGCGAUUUAUUUGCCUUACGUUACUCUAGAUUCGAUCAGAGAUCAGCAUAGCAAUAGAGAUCGAUCUAUAAAAAUAUUCUUAUCGAAUUAAAUAUUUCGUGUCGAUUACAUUGACAUAGAUAAAACGUUUUUAUCGUGUCACGUAGUAAGAUAAGAUUUAAUCGAGUUAAUUGCCACGAUUGACUUUCGUUCGUGAAACAUCGUAAUCGAGAUCUCUAUACUUGAAAUAGUUUUAUUUUUCAUGAUUUCAAAAUCCAAAGCUUUCUUCGUUGAAUAAGAAUGAAAGGAAGAAAUAACAUUUUCUACUAUUUAACGGCGUAGCAAGCACUACUAGUAUGGCAUUAGUAUAGCAGACAAAGCGCAUUAAAUAUAUUAUUCACUACAAACUUCACAUUUUGAAUUUUCAUAUAUUUAUUUUUUUAAAAAGUUGACAGUAUGUAUUUCUCGUACGUGAAGCAGGAAUUGUAUAGGAUUUCUGAUGAAAAAUAAUUAUUUUCUAAAUCGUUCAUUCUGAAUUAUUUAUCAUUCUGUUACAAUGUCAAAGGGUUAAUCUACUUACAAUUCAGACAUUCCGUCCUUCAAUGAUUGUACAGCGAUUACGACAUCCAUUUUUAAAGCUAGAUUUAGAUAAUUUCUUUAAUUCCUAAGACAAUCGUCUCGAUCGUUGUUCACAGUAUCAAGAUGAUGUUUAAUACUUUUCAAAUAUCCGGCUACAAAACUCUAUUAAUUCUAAUCGUAAAGUUCAAAAUCAAGGCUUAAGUUAGAAUAAACAAGUGAUAAUUUAAAUCCCAGUGAGCGAUGUUUAACCAGAUACUCGUAGAAUUAUUCGUAAAUGAACGAACGAAAAGAAAGAUUUGUUAUACCUCGCUUGUGUUCAUCGAACAGUUAACAUGCCAAAAAAAGAAAAAAAAAAGAGAAAGAGAGAAGGAAAGAAAUGAAACGUUUAUAUAAAUGCACCAAAAAUGCUUGUAAACUCACCUGGCAAGAGAAAAACGUAUAUUUUUUAGAUAUAUAAAUAAGUAGUACAUGUAAGAAACGUUUACCAAAAAGAUAAUGCAGAUUUGUAAUAUUAACUUAUUAAGGUAUUAUAUAGUAUCGUAUAAUAUUAUUUAAAAAUAAAAAAUAUAUAUAUUGAAAUAA